AUGUCGUCAAAAUCUCGAAGUUCAAUUUGGACCUUUUUUGAAAAAACAUCUGAUUUGGGAGUUGUUAAAUGCAAACUGUGUGAGGCUCCAGUCAAGCCAUGUGGUAACACAACCAAUAUUCGCAACCACAUGAAGCGAAAUCAUGCUUCUAUUAAUUUAGACAAGGCUUUUGUCAGUAAGACAGAGGUUCGUCGAACAUCUGUUUCUUCAACUCAAUCAGUGGCAUCAACUAGUUCGAGGAAUUCAAUGAUGUCAACUGCAUCUACAAGUUACUCUCGACCACAACAUGAAGAUGUUGACGAUCCUGAUGAUCCUGGUGACAAUGAUUUUGCUGAGUUAGCUAAGACCAUUGUAAAUAAGACUCAACAGACACAAGGCAACGAUUCCGUGGUAUCAUUUACUAGUGGAUCUAUACCAACAACAUCGUCAUCAACAUCAAGUACUCCACAGUCAGUGAGCUUCAGGCAGAGAACAAUGCACGAGUCUUUUUCGGACAUCAAAUCUUAUGAUAGUAAGAAAGGAGGAUAUAAGAUACGAGCUAUCACGGAUGCGCUUGUGUACAUGGUAGCGAAGGAUAAUCUGCCGUUGUCUAUAACAGAAAAACCAGGAUUCCGGUUCUUCAUGCAGAAAACAGUGCCUAUGUACAAAGUUCCAUCCAAGCAAACUAUAACAAAGCACAUCAAAAGUAAAUAUGAGGUUUUAUCCGCAUUAGUUAAAUCUAAGCUGAGUCUUGUAGAGCAUUUAACCUUAACGUCGGAUAUUUGGACAGACAUUCUUAACACAAGAAGUGUUUUGGGCAUGACGGUACAUUUUUUAAGUUUAAACAAAGUUGCUCUUGAGAGUGUGACACUUGGUGUGUUAGAGCUUUCUGCCAGCCAUAUAUCUGACAAUAUAUCCGCUUGGUUUGAGCAUCUUCUUCUUCAGUGGGGUAUAACAAAAAGCCAGAUAUUCACCGUCGUCACCGAUAAUGGUGCUAAUAUAUUAUCUGCUGUUAAAAAAACUUUUGGCCAAGAAAAACAUUUACCAUGUUUUGCCCACACUCUGAAUUUGGUAUCCGAAAGGGCAUUGGUUAAUCUUGCAGAUGUACAUAAUAUCAUCAACAAAAUUAAGGCUAUUGUAACUUAUUUCAAGCAAUCUGUAGCGGCUUCUGAUGAACUUCGAAAAUUGUGCGAUCAUAAACUAAAACAAUCGGUACCAACACGUUGGAACUCCAUUUUUUUUAUGAUAGAUAGAUUUAUUUUAUGUUCCAACCAUAUUGCUUCUGUAUUAAUCAAUAUUCGCCGGGGCCCCGAAAUGUUGUCAGCUGAUGAAAUUGAUGUAGCAAAGGAAAUGUUGUUAGUGUUAAGGCCGAUGGAAGUGGCGACAAGAGAAUUAUGUGGUCAAAAAUAUGUAACUGGCAGCACGGUGAUACCCUUAAUUAAUUGUCUUAUUAAAAAGACUGAGUAUAUUGAUCUAACCCAUCCAACUGCUUUAUCCUUAAAAAAGGCAAUGUUAGAAAAUCUAGAUAAAAGGUUUGGUAGGAUGGAGGAGAGAAGUCUCCUUAGUGUUGCCACUAUAUUAGAUCCCCGGUUCAAAACUAUUUAUUUGAAUAACCCAAUGUCUAGUUCAAGAGCUAUUAAAUUUAUAAAAAAUAAAAUUGAUAAAAUAAAACGUAAUUGUGAAGAACCUAACUCCUCAAACCAAGGCUCUAGUGAUGAUGAUGGUGAACGCAGUGAUAGUUUGUGGUCAGUUCACAAUGAUCUAGUUUCAAAAAAAGCUGCAUCACAAAGUUUAGAACAGUCUGAAGAGCGAAUGCCAACUGAACUUAAGCAUUAUAUAAGCCAGCCCACAAUACUGUUAGGUGAUGACAUACUUAAAUAUUGGGAUAUAAAUGGCAAUAUGUUCCCUCUCUUAAAAAAAAAAUUGUACAACCAUAUUUGUCUUUAG